UCCCGUUAGUGGAGCGUGGAUCGAUCCGGCGGAUGAACGGCUCGACCAAUCAGAGCGCGGCAGCUCCCUGGACGUCACACGGAAGACGAUGGCGAGGAGGCCGGUGAUCAUCGACACGGACUGCGGCAUCGACGACGCCCAGGCCAUCAUGAUGGCGCUGGCGGCGCCCGACAUCCGGGUUCUGGGCGUCACCUGCGUGUUCGGGAACACGUCCGUGGAGAACGUGUGCCAGAACGUCCUGAGGGUUCUGGACGUCUGCGAGCGGCAGGAGAUCCCCGUGUUCCGGGGCUCCGGGGGGCCGCUGGUCGGGGCCCGCGUCGCCACGACGGACCACUUUGGAACCGAUGGACUCGGCGACGUGUUCAAAGACCGUGACCCGCUGUGGGAGCAGAAGGUCCAGAAGGAGCACGCCGUCAGCGCCCUGAUCCGCCUGGCGACGGAGAACCAGCAGCAGGCGAGGCCUCCGUGUGUCUCCCUCGUGGCUCUUGGACCGCUCACUAAUCUGGCUCUGGCGGUCAGACUGGAUCCAGGUUUCCCCCAGAAGCUCAAAGACCUGUUCAUCAUGGGAGGCAACAUGGAGGGAAAAGGAAACGUGACGCUGUGCGCGGAGUUCAACUUCGUGAUGGACGCCGAGUCGGCCUACGUGGUGCUGGAGGACUUCCUGUGCCGCACCUACCUGGCCACCUGGGAGUUCGCCUGCAGGAACGCGCUGACCUGGGACUUCUUCAACGAGCUGGUGAGCCAGAACGCGCCGGCGGCGGUGUUCAUGAGGACCGUGACCUCCCGCUGCCGGGCGUACUCCCAGGAGGCCUCGCGCAGCCAGAGGGACGUGCACUUCGGGCCGGGCUUCGUGUCCUACGACGCGUACGCCAUGGCGGCGUGCAUCGACGGCGGCGUGGUGACGGGGAGCAUCGAGUGCCCGGUGCGGGUGGAGCUGCAGGGCGCCAUGACGCGCGGCAUGGUGGCGCUGGACCGCAGCGGCGAGCUGAAGAAGAGCCACAGCGUGGUGGUGCUCACCGGCUGCGACGCCGAGAAGCUGCGGCGCCUCCUGGUGGACGCCGUGCGGCAGCCGCGCAGAUGAGGCGCCAAUAAAACCGCUGAGCACAU